CUUAAAGAUUAAUUUUAAUAUUAAUUCGUUUAUCAACUACUUAUAUUUUAAAAAAAGUCAAUAUUUCCCAACUCACUGGCCAAUCACAAGCCCGCCGCAUCCCCCACACCUGCUAUCGAUAACUUUUUUUUGCCUUUUCUCAAGUCACGACUCAUAAUACAACCAACCACCUUCUCAAUCCACCCACGCCGAAUCCGACCCCCAUCCUCGAUUACAUUUACCGAAAGAUUAACACUACCAUGCCUUCUUCCAUCCCCGACCAACCACCGCACGACCAAUCCAUGGCGGACGCCGACAUGGACACCGCCGGACAGCAAGACCUUGACCAAGAAACCGGUGACGCAGAAGAGGAGAUUGAAAUCGGCGAGAACAGGGUUUCUGUCCUCUCCGGUGGAACGGAUACCGCGGCAUCAUUCCAAUUUAAAGACGAGGGGCAUACGCUCGGAAACGCGCUUCGAUAUGUCAUCAUGAAAAACCCUGCUGUCGAGUUCUGUGGUUACACGAUCCCGCAUCCAUCAGAAGCGAAAAUGAAUCUGAGGAUUCAGACAUACGAGAAUACUACGGCCGUCGAAGCGCUUGAGAAAGGAUUGGAUGAUUUGAUGGAUCUGUGUGAUGUUGUCACGGACAAGUUCACUGCUGCGCGCGACGGGUUUGAUGCUGUGCAGGCUGAUAAGAUGAUUUCAUGAAAUGGAUUUAGUGUUUAUUUUGUUAUUGAAAGAUAGUGCAUUAUCAACGGCGUUUGGUUGGAUAGAUUCUGCUUUUAGUAAUAAUGAUUCAAUUCUAGCAUUA